AUGUCGUCCAAGAGAAGUCGCCUAGUGGCUGGUUGCCAACGAUGUCGUGUCCGACACCUGAAGUGUGAUCUCAAUGACCAGGAUUGCGGGCACUGUCAACACGCUGGCGUCGAAUGUGAUCGAACCAAUAUCCGGUUUCGCAAUGGUCUUUUGCUCCCCAAAGAGCCUGAACUUGCGUUUCCGGAUCAGAGUAGCUGGCCCCAGCUACAUGGCCAAGUGCGCUUCCACAAUGAAACUCCAGAGAUCGCCAGUUUGUACUCGGCUUUUCCGCAUGGCCAAUCAACUGCCAUUGGUAAUUCAGAGUAUGGUUUGGCACUCGGAGAAAGGGAGAGACCUGAGAGCCGGACUGUACAGCAGAGUAUACAACCAUUUGCAGCUACUGCCUUGACGCCAAUACCAGCUCGCGGUGCAGAAAGCCACUCACCGUCCGCCUCGCCGUUGUCUUCUCCAAGGCCAAUACAGUCUAGAUCAUCAUCAAAGCCAUUGUAUUCUCUGACUGAAAGAGAAGCUGUGUUGAUGAGAAACUACGUUGAGAACAUGGCCCUUUGGGCUGACAUCACGGACCCCCAACGGCACUUUGAAACUGAGGUUCCAGCUCGUGCAUUAAAUGAGCCUUUCUUACGUUAUGCGGUAUUUGCAUUCUCAUCGCGCCAUCUUGACCGUCAGGAUGGCAGUGAUGUGACAGAAGCACUGCAACAUCACAAUUGCUGUGUUCAACUACUUAUUCCGGCACUCUCUGAGCCUCGAGAACAUAUCACUGAGGAUAUUCUUGCAACAGUUGCUAUACUUCGCCAGCAUGAGGAAAUGGACGGGGAGGAUAAUCAAUUCCAUCUUACCGGCACGACACACAUAUUGAACACAGUAUCAACCUUUGGCUCAUCAGGUGGCUUGGGGGAGGCUGCAGCUUGGCUCUGUUUGCGUCAAGACAUCUAUAUCUCUCUGACCACUCAACGGCCUCUCCGAACUGAUCUGCAAAGUUUUUAUCAAUCCGACGUGUUUCGAAGAAAUGACGAUUUUGCAUGGUCUAGCCGAAUGGUAUUCUUGCUAGCCAAAGUUCUCCAGAGUGCUUUUACCGACUCUGCGACAGCACAUGGCAUAGGAGCCGAGAUUGACGAAUGGUACUCCACUAAGCCAUAUACAUUUGAACCUGUCAGGUCUGUUCCACGAGGUCCGGAGCCCGACCAGCGAUUUCCGACCAUCUGGAUGCUAUUGCCCGUACAUGUCAUCGGCAUUCAAUACUUCCACCUCGCCAAGAUUGUCUUGGCGCUCUCGGAGGGAUCGAACGCAUCAUCCGCCUAUGAAAGUCUACGCCACUCUCGAAUAGUGGAGAAAAUUGUUCGUCAUCACCUGCUCACCGUGCUGGGUCUGGCCCAUUCAAACAGCAAGGCUGAAAAUACCCUGUUUACUGCACGGCAUAGUCUAGUGGCCUGGGGAUGGGUCCUUCGGCAUCGCCUAGAUCAAAGGGCUGCGGAGGCUCUAUUGCAAGCCAUGCAUGCAAGGACCGGCUGGAAUAUGGAUUCGCUCAUCCAGUCAUUGCGGGCACAGUGGCAGGAGGUGGAUGAUAAUUGA